UUGAGAACGGCAUUUUGAUACACCAAAGUACACACUUAACCAAUUCUUCGCUAAGAGAACCGAUCCAAAGAAAACUAUUAAAACAAUUAGGCGCUUUAAGCCAUAACUGCUCCCACUUGUUUUUUUAAUACUUUCUCUAUGUCUUCGUUCCCACGUUGUUGCGGUUCUUUAUCGGCUUCUUGAGCUUGCACACUUAAUUGUUCUCCGUCUUCGUACAAUUGGAGAUUGGAUCGUCUCUAGUACCAACUCUAGCAAGUAGUGCACUAAUAUCUAUUUCUUUAUAGCUUUUUAGGGAUCGGUACGCACAUUCCCGUUGUAGCGAAACACCUCAUCUUUGACCCAUCUUCGCGGCUGUCCCCACACCCCACCCAACGUUCUCCAGUUUGCAAACGGAAUUGCAAAAAGAAACAGAAUUGCAAAAAGAAAGAAGAGAGACGGCGUGGAGAGACAAGAGCUCACUGGAAUUCUACGUCACAAAAGCAGAGCAACACAUCACAAAGCUGCUCACGGGAGGCUGCAGCUGCUCGCCGUCGCCGUCACGGACGAGGCGGGAUGGGGUCGACGAUCUCCAGAUGUGGACGCGGAGGAGAGGGACCGGCUCACGCGGAGGAGGCCGGUGGGUGUUGGGCGCGGAGGAGCUCCGGCGGUGGAGGGGGCGGACGGGUCGGCGGCUGGGCGGAAGAGCUCCGGCGGUGGAGGAAUACGGCGGCCCGUCGGCUGGGGGGAGGAGCUCCGGCGGUGGAGGAGGACGACGGCCGGCGGCUGGGCGGAGGAGCUACGGCGGUGGAGGAGUUCGACGGACGGCGGAGCGGUGGAGGCGUCCCAAGGAGGCCGACGGACGGCGGCAGGGUGGAUGCGUCCCGCGGCCGGGAUUCGCGGGUUCACGGCCACGGCGAGCUCUUCUACUGUCCCAUGUGCAUGGAGCUGGUGCCCAUCAACCUCAAAUCCAGCCUCGGCCCGUGCGGCCACGCCUUCUGCUCCAGCUGUGUCACCACGUACGUCGCCGUGAAGCAGCGCGAGCGCGAGGACGCUGCCCGCGUCAAGUGCCCCGACUGCAAGAACGGCGUCCCCGUGUUCGUUACCGAGGGCGGUGGAGAUUUGCCGGCGGACGGCCACGGCGAGCCCUUCGAGUGCGCCAUCUGCAUGGAGACCGUGCCCGGCGCCCUCAAGUUCAGCGUCAGCCCGUGCGGCCACCCCUUCUGCCGGAGCUGCGUCGCCCGGUACGUGGCCGCGAAGCUGGACGACAAGGUCGCUGGCGUGGCAUGCCCUCACCCAGGCUGCGAGGCCGGCGCCGUCGAGCCGUCGAGCUGCCGCGGCGUCAUCCCCCCGGACCUCCUCGACAGGUGGGGCUUCCUGCUGUGCGAACUCGCGGUCGGCGCUAAGAGGGUGUACUGCCCGUACCAAGACUGCUCGGCGCUCCUGCUCGCCGACGCCGACGCGAAGGCCAUCGCGGAGGCGGAGUGCCCGCACUGCCACCGGCUCUUCUGCGCCCGGUGCGGCGUGCCAUGGCACGACGGCCUGGGGUGCGAGGAGUUCCAGAAGCUCGGGCAGGACGAGCGCGGCCGGAACGAGCUCCUGCUCCGGCGCCUCGUGGGCAGGAAGGGGUGGCAGCGGUGCCCCAAGUGCCGGAUGUUCGUGGAGAAAUCGGAGGGCUGCAAUUACAUGAAAUGCAGGUGUGGAAACAGUUUCUGCUACCGAUGUGCAUCCAAGUUGUCAGCGGAAAACCAUUACUGCAAAAAGUGCAAGCGCUAACGAUUUGGUUGUUUGGUUGUGGAGGGAGGGGCUCUUGCCAGGCCACUGCAAACACAUGGGUUCAUCUUGGCCAUGUUAAUUAAUUUCCUGAAGCACGAAAUGAAAAUCUAGGCAUGAAACAAACCUUAAUUAGUUUUGUUGUACAUAACCAUUAAAAUACAAUCUCCUUGACUCAAAUCAUUUCUUGUUA